UAAUUUGCAUUCACAUAGACUUUUCUUUUCUUUCCACCCAACAUACCCAACAUUUACAAUUUUUAUUGUUCUUUUAUUUUACUACCUUUUCUCCCCCGCACAGACAAUCCAACAACCUUUAUCCGACCCGAAUAAUCUUUUUUAAAAAACAAUGCAGUUCUCAAAGUUCACUGUUUCGCUUUUCGCUCUGGCCGCCAUUAGCGCCGCCCUGCCCUCUCCCCAGAACGCCCAGUCCGUUGUGCGCAUCGGCCACGCCGACCCCACUGCCUCGGCCCCGGAGGUUAUCUCCGCCGAGGAGUCUAGCAUCCCCGAGGAGUCCAGCGUCAUUGAGGAGUCCAGCAUUGUCGAGGAGUCGAGCGUUGUCGAGGGCGAUGUGGAGAGCUCAGAGGAUAUUGAGCUUUCCGAGGACGAGAAUGAUGUGCCCGCGGAUGACGGCACCUCGACUAUCUUUGUCAGCGGUGAGGUCAAAACUGUCUUGAGCGAAACUUCGGAGAAAUCUUCGGAGUCGUCGUCUAGCGGCGCCGAGUCCUUCCGUGGUAUUUCGUCGGUGGUCACUCUGGCUGUUGCCGGUGGUGUGUCGCUCAUGCUUGCUGCAUUCUAAACACGUAAGCAGGGGUUUUUUCUUUCUAAUUUUUCUAUUAUUUUUACAAACAUUAAUGCUCGGAAAAUCCACCCUUUUUCUUUUGGCAGUGGAUGGAUGGCACCAACAGGCAGCAGCAAGACUUUCCUAUUUCUCCCCUUUUUCUUGCUCUCCCCACUACAUUUAAUAACAGGAAAGCGGCACCAUUUCUUUCCUUUUUUCCUUUCGUUUUUAACUGUUUGGUGAUUCUUUAUUUGAUUUGAUUACAUUAAAUUUGAUUAAAUAAAUCUUACCCAUCGAUAUCUUUUACCA